UCUUAACUUUUACUCUGAAGGGAUUGAUUUUUACUUCCGGGUGGCCUCAGCCGUCUCUGCGUACUUAUUGCACGCUCGCUUUUCCACUUUGACUCUUCUAUUCUCUUGCAGCCUGCAGACUUCUGCUUCCAACUUCUUUCGCGCUUUACGUCAAGACAGUCAUUUGUCUCAAACACCAUGUCUGCUGGAAACGCUAAGAUUGGCUUCCCUGCCCCAAACUUCAAAGCCACAGCUGUAGUUGAUGGACAGUUCAAGGACAUCCAGCUGUCAGACUACAAAGGGAAAUAUGUAGUUUUCUUUUUCUACCCCCUGGAUUUCACAUUUGUGUGCCCCACUGAAAUUGUGGCCUUCAGCGACAGGGUAGAGGAGUUCCGCAACAUCGGCUGUGAGGUUAUUGGCUGCUCCGUGGACUCUCACUUCUCUCACUUGGCAUGGGUCAACACACCAAGAAAACAGGGAGGUCUGGGUAACAUGAAAAUCCCCCUGGUAUCGGACCUCAGCAAGUCAAUCUCCAAAGAGUAUGGUGUGCUGAAGGAAGAUGAGGGCAUCUCAUUCAGGGGUCUCUUUGUGAUUGAUGACAAGGGCGUCUUGAGGCAGAUCACCAUUAACGACUUGCCUGUGGGUCGUUCUGUGGACGAGACUCUGCGCCUGGUUCAAGCCUUCAAGCACACAGACAAAUAUGGAGAGGUGUGUCCUGCUGGCUGGAAACCCGGGAGCGACACGAUCGUCCCCGACGUCGAGAAGAGCAAAGCAUUCUUCUCCAAGCAGUAAAUGUGAACGUCUCCUACUCUGCUGUUUUCCUCAACAUAGCACUUGACCUCAGAUGAGAGGGAUGCCUAUAAAGCAGUAUCAUCACGUCCAGACUAACCUGUUAAAACACACCUCAGCUUCAUGUAGGGGGGAGGAAAUGUUUGGUUUUGGGGGGGUUUUUUGUUUUCAUGUCCAGUGUACAAACUUUUGGGUAACCUCAUCGUCUUGAUCACUGAAAGUAUAGUUUUGUUGUUCCUUUUUCAAAGAAAGCACUGAAAUUUGUUUCCUGGCUGUUAAUAAUUUGCUACCAUCUUUAUUAAAACAUGGAGGAAAGUUA